GAACAAGAGGAGUUUGUUUGAACUGUGGCAAUUGGAUUUCUUCUCCUCUCUGUAUAUAAGCAGCUUCCCUACAAUCCCAUUAAACCCACAAAAGUCUUCCUUUUGUUAGUUGCCUUUUCUUUCUCUCUCUCUCUCUUUGCACAUUCCAAUCCCACAUGGGUUACUUUGCUUGAUUUAAAUUAGCUAAGCUGGCUCUAGUUUGGUUGGUUGAUAUAUCAGAGAAGUACAACAUACAAACUUAAGCUAGCUGGUUGAGGAGGUUUCUGAGAAUUUGAAGCAUGGAAAGUCAAAACUUUGCUGCAAAUGGAGGGAUCAAGAUGCCCUUAGGCUACAGGUUUCGUCCUACAGAUGAAGAGCUUGUGGUUCAUUACUUGAAGAGAAAGGCCUUAAAUCUUCCGCUACCUGCUUCUGUCAUUCCUGAGUUUGAUGUUUUCCAUACUGAUCCUUGGAGCUUGCCAGGUAAUUUGAAAGAAAAUAGGUAUUUCUUUAGUACCAGAUAUGGUAAUGACGGUAACAACAAAUACAAGAGAGUAGAAGCUGGUUCUGGUUACUGGAAGCCCGUAGGCAAAGAGAAACCAAUUUUAGCUUCUGGAAGCAAUCAAGUAGUUGGGAUGAGAAAAGCUUUGAUUUUCCGUGAAAGGAACCCUUCUAAUGAGACUAAGACUCGAUGGCUCUUGCAUCAGUUUCACCUUGUUGGCUCUGUGGUAACUCUUAAUUUAACUCUGAUGUCCAAGAGGGAAUUGUUCAGAGAUUGGUUAGUUUUCCGGGUAUUUCAGAGGACGCGAAAAGUUAAAAAACAUGGAGUCAUUUCUAAUAAUAGUCAGAUUACUAGUGUGGUGACCGUGCCUAGUUGUAUCGAUUUUACAUUGGAAGACUGCUCUAUCUUUGGUCCUCCUCCUCCUCAACCAAGUUCACCAAGUUCAAGUGAAAUUACUGAGGAUUCUUCCAAUGGAUUAGAUCAGGAAGAAAGCAGUGCUUUCAUUAGUUCUUACUCAAAUGGUUGUAUAAGAAAGUAGUGAAAACAGUUCGCUAGACUUUGUAUCAGAUCUUUCUUAAGUGUUGUGCAAGAAAUGAAAAAUGCGCAAAAAGGAAAAAGAAAUGGAAAAUUUAACUGUUUCAAGGA